AUGGCGGCUCCUACUCUGGAUCCUCACUACGACGGUGAUGUUGAUGAUGCGGAUGAUGAAAUGGCACUUCCCGUUCGCUUGAACGAUCUCGUCGAUCUCGUGGAAAACCGCGAGGGUCUGGACCAGGACGAGUCCCAGCUCCUGGCCCAUGUAGCACUCCAGCAGCUUCGCAGCCAACAGCAACACCAGGAAGGCCCGGUCACCGCUAAUCAGGUCAUCGAGGCCAUCAAGGUGUACGCCAUUCGAGAACUCAUGGAAGACCAUCGGAAAAAUCUCAGAAGGCAAGGUCGGGAGGAGGUUUACCAGUGGGGUCAGCAAUUUCUCGGGAUGGAGAAUGGGCAAGCUGCGGCUCCAGAAGGGGGAAGUGGGCAAGGAACAGCUCAACAAGAGGACGAUGAGCAAGGUACAGCUUCAGAAGAGGAGACUGAGCAAGAUACAGCUUCAGAAGGGGAAGAUGCAGCUCUACAACAAGAAGAAACAGCUCCAGAUGAGGAGAGCGAGCAAGAUACGGCUUCAGAGGAGGAGGCGGAGGAUGCCAGUUCGACAUCUGGAUCUGUGGGGGGUACAGACGACGGCGAUUCGAGUCAGUGGGGGGUAGGAGAAGUACAUGUUUCAACUGAAACGGAAAUCAUCGAUGGUCUUGCACGCUUAAAGUUCACCUUCACAGACGAAGCUUUGCAAAGAUUCUUUGGAGGGAGAGAUCCGUAUUUGAAACCUUCAGAUGAGCGCGUUGUCGAAACACCGGACCCCGAACAGCGAGAUAUCCUCACUGCGCUCUGCAGCCAUCCAGUCCUGGCUGUUGAGCUUGGGAAGCAUCUCGCCCCUCAAGAUAUCCUAAACCUGUUCCUUUCCUGUCGAACGUUCCACACUUUCAUACAUAACUAUAUGCUGUCGAGCAUCCGCACAUGGACUGCAUACCGAUUCCCGAAAGCUGGCGCGACGUUUCCGUACAGGCUGUACAAGCCCCUUCUGAUGUCAGAUCCUCGGGGCCGCGCAUGGGAUGGCGAGGAACAAGAGGACCCAGAGCCAAAGAAAAUCCGCUCGAUCCCCGGCCUGAAGUACCUGCACCUUCUGUGGACUCGGGAUCGUUGCUCCAGGGACAUUGUUGCCAUCAUGGCCCGUAAUGGGCAUCGUUUUCCCAAGACGAUGUAUACGACUCUUCUCAGGAUGUGGCUAACCAUGGACCUGUCUACCAGUGCUCAACGACGAGCCUUGCUGCGUAAUAAAGAAAUAUGGACAGACACUGACCUCUAUAAUGCGCAACUCUUAUUUGUCAAGCUGGGGAUGCACUUCAACGACCCCGUCUACGGCCCCAACACUUUGGAGCUGCUCCAUCUGAUGAUGGGCCAGCGAGGCCUGUACCCCUUGUGGCAACUGCUCAUGCGCAAGAGAUUUACCACUCUUCCCGAGAUCUUGCAACUCAAGGUUCAGUAUGAUAUGCAGAUGCCACCGGACCACUGGGGUCACGACUACUAUGGCGGAGAGAUACACGACGUCCCGUUUCACAAGGUUGGCACAGCCCAUUGCGAGGGAUGGGGCAAAGGGAGAGCUCACCUCCAGCGUCCCGACGAGCUCGUCCCCCUCGAGGCCGUUUACCGCGGCCUUGAACUUGACAAGCACCUCCCCCAUAUGAUCCUCUGGGGGUAUUUCGACUGGAAGACGGGCCAGAACCUAGUCCCUACAGAGGAGGAAAUGUACAUUCCCAAUGAGGAGAAGGCUCUCGAGCACAUGGACACGACACACCAUUGGAAGAAGCGGCAUGCCAUGAAGAAGCGAUGGUCGAAGCUCACCGAAGAGGAGCGUCAAACCCUCAUUGAAGACGACGCAGAUGAAUCCCUGCGGGCUCAGGCCUGGAUGGACGAAGAUGACGACGGCUCAUCCGAGGAGGGUGCGCCGUACAAUCCCAAUGACGAGAUUGCCCGCGGCUACAUGAUGCCGCCGUGCCCAGCAGACCGCAAGUCGACGGUCCCUCCAACCAGUGAUAAAGAGGGAUGGCAAAGCUUUAUCGGCACCGCGCUUAUUGGAAUGGCUCCUGAGCUCGAUCAGGACGAGGUUCUGUGUGCUCAGGCCUGGCAGGACUAUGGGGAUGAUCAAUUUGAGGAUGGCUUCGACUGGGAGGAGUGGCUCGAAGAAAGGGAGAAUCAGAGAACCAUGGCUCUCGCCUUGGAAGACGCAAAUGCAGCUGCAGAAGAUGAUGAUGUUGACAACGAGGGAGACAACGAGGAAGACGAAAAUGCACCUACGGACGACGACGAUGUUAGCGAGGAUGAGGAUGCUACCAUGGAGGAGCUCUAA